AUGGAACGUGUACGCAGCCUGGAUAUGUGCUGGUAUGUCCAAUCACCGAAGCCACACCGUGCUGUGCACCCGGGUAUCCGAUUUGUUGCCACGAGCCCUCGGAUACUUGCUGCCCUUCAGGCUCUUUCUGCCAGGGAUUGCAUACCUGCUGUCGGAAUGGAUCAACAGGCUGUGGAGAAGGCUGCUGCGUUGCUGGCGUCCCGUGUUGCAAUAAUACUUGUUGUCCGAGCUCCGCCUAUCUCUGCUACUGUCACUUUUCCAACACAGGCUCCUACGGAUACGUCUCAACCAACCAAAACCAACAACACAGCUUUGAUAGCUGGCGCAUCCGCGGGAGGGGCAGUCGCCCUCAUACUCAUUGCCCUGGGCGCAUACUGCGCUCUCAAGAAGCGCCCAGCCACUCCACUUGGGACGCAGCCCAAGGAGACUCGGAUCGACUUGGCACCGACCCCGGUGCCCUACAUCACUCCGAGUGCCGAUAGAAGAUACUCUCAUAUGAGUACCGUUCCACUGGCACGACCAGCCGUACCGUCAUUGGUUGGGACUCAACCCACAGUAUCGACAGUUGGCUCGGUGCUCGGAGACGUGAGCACGCAUGGCCCUUCCUCCGCAUACACUGGCAUGGGAUAUACUCCAUCACCAGCACCGGCAGAAACUACUGCGGCCUCCUCGCAGUCUGGUCGAGGUGCUAGUUACUAUGCUAGCACGCCAAUAUACGACCUCGGUGGCGUUUCAACGACAUCCCAAACUUCUUCGAAUCCCAAUCUGGCAACCUCUUCUCAACGCCGCUCUAAUACACUGAGUUCCCAGGCGGGAAUCGCGAACGCAAUACCUCCAUGGCUCAACGGCUCGGUUGUGUCGCACGGGACAAAUGACAAUCCAAUGCCAUCGACAUCCCCACCAUUAGGCUCUCAAGCUGCAGUCCGAGCGGACAUUUCGCCUGUCGGUUCGCCACCCCCGCCGGCAUUCUCCCCGCCUCCGCUAGAUCUGGGUGAGGGAGGAGUUGGGUAUGCCCCAUGGGCGUACCCUCCCGAGGAUAUCAACUCUGGAGCCGGACGAGUUAUCUCUACGGACGCUCCAAGAGAUACAAAGGCUCGUCCUUCUGGUCGUCGCGUGUAA